AUGACCACCGAGAGCGGGCCGCCGCCGCCCCCGCCGCGCCCGCCGCCCGCCCCGCUCCGCCGCGCCUGCAGCCCGGCCGCCGGCGUGCUCCAGGCCGCCUUGAUGAGCGCGCCGCCCGCCGCCGCCGCCGCCGCCCUCGAGACCUCCGCGUCGUCCUCGUCCUCGUCCUCGUCCGCCUCCAACCCGGCCGGCGCCUCGUCGGCCGCCUGCAAGAGCGCGGGCGGCGGCAGCGCGGGCGGCGGCAGCGCGGGCGGCGGCGGCGGCGGCGCGGGCACCAAGAAGGCGAGCGCAGGGCUGCGGCGGCCCGAGAAGCCGCCCUACUCGUACAUCGCGCUGAUCGUCAUGGCCAUCCAGAGCUCGCCCAGCAAGCGCCUGACGCUCAGCGAGAUCUACCAGUUCCUGCAGAGCCGCUUCCCCUUCUUCCGCGGCGCCUACCAGGGCUGGAAGAACUCCGUGCGCCACAACCUGUCGCUCAACGAGUGCUUCAUCAAGCUGCCCAAGGGCCUCGGGCGGCCCGGCAAGGGCCACUACUGGACCAUCGACCCGGCCAGCGAGUUCAUGUUCGAGGAGGGGUCGUUCCGCCGCCGGCCGCGCGGCUUCAGGCGGAAGUGCCAGGCGCUCAAGCCCAUGUACCACCGCGUGGUCAGCGGCUUGGGCUUUGGGGCCUCGCUGCUGCCCCAGGGCUUCGACUUCCAGGCGCCCCCGUCGGCGCCGCUCGGCUGCCAUGGCCAGGGCGGCUACGGCGGCCUCGACAUGAUGCCCGCGGGCUACGACGCCGGCGCGGGGGCCCCGGGCCACGCGCACCCGCACCACCACCACCACCACCACGUCCCGCACAUGUCACCCAACCCGGGCUCCACCUACAUGGCCAGCUGCCCUGUGCCCGCGGGGCCCGGGGCCGUAGGUGCGGCCGGGGGCGGCGGUGGCGACUACGGACCGGACAGCAGCAGCAGCCCGGUGCCCUCGUCCCCGGCCAUGGCGAGCGCCAUCGAGUGCCACUCGCCGUACACGAGCCCCGCGGCGCACUGGAGUUCGCCUGGCGCCUCGCCUUACCUCAAGCAGCCGCCCGCCCUGACGCCCAGCAGCAACCCCGCGGCCCCGGCAGGCCUGCACUCCAGUAUGUCCUCCUACUCGCUGGAGCAGAGCUACUUGCACCAGAACGCCCGCGAGGACCUCCCAGUGGGACUGCCUCGUUACCAGCACCACUCUGCUCCAGUGUGUGACAGAAAAGAUUUCGUCCUCAAUUUCAACGGCAUUUCUUCCUUCCAUCCCUCGGCUAGCGGGUCGUAUUAUCACCAUCACCACCAGAGCGUCUGUCAGGAUAUUAAGCCCUGCGUCAUGUGA